AUGUAUGUGACGAACGACAUACAAGUUGGGAGCUUGGUGGAGUUAUGUAAGGAGCAUGUGGUCCGUCUUUGCGUCUCGACCCGCGUUGGUAUGGGAAGGAACUACAACGAACCAAUACAUGAGUGUGUCCAAGAAGAAAAGUCUGAAGAGGUGGAUAAGGAACACGUGGAAGAAGAAUUCGGUGAUGAAGGCUGGGAUGAUAACGACUAUGAUGAUGUAAACUGGAAUGACAAAGCAUGGGAUGUAAAUUCAGAAGAUGAAUCUGAUGAUGCUCAUGACAAUGAUAGUGCUGAUGAUGUCGACAACCCCGACGAUAUCGAUGCAGAUUAUAGUAAGUAUGGCAAGGUUAAAGAUGAGGAAGAGGGUGAAGAGAGUUUGUCUUUCCGUGAAAGGCUCCGUAGAGGUGUUUCGAAUGGUGGAAAUGGAGGGUUCACAGGCAGUUGGUGUGACACUAUUCAGGUAAAUCAGAGCUAUGCCUCUAAGGAAGCCCUUCUUUCUGAGUUGCGACUGACGGCUGUGAUGGCAAGAUUCGCAUUUAAAGUCUACAAGUCCACUACGGAUUUGUUUGUGGCAAAAUGUGUUGUCAAUGGAUGUGCAUGGAAGUUGAGAGCAGCUGUGAAGAAUGAACCGGAUUGCUUCUGGGUUACCAAGUACGUAAAGGGUCACACUUGUUCAAUUAUGGACCGUGUAGCUCACCGUAGACGAGCUACUCCAAGAUAUAUUGGACAAUUGUUUGUGGAGCGGACUGGACUCAUACAUGGAAUUGUCCCUCGACAAAUUGCAGAUUCGAUGAGGAUCAUGUUUGGCCUGAAUCUUACCUAUACAACGUUAUACAUGGCUCUCAAAUUCGCUCAAGUAUUUGUCAGGGGAACUCCAGAAGAUGGAUAUGCUAACCUUCCUUCCUACCUUAGAAGACUGAAGCAAGCAAACCCUGGCACUAUAACACACCUGCUCUGUGAUGAAGAGGAUCGCUUCAAGUACUGUUUUGUGGCGUUAGCGGCUUCAACAGCGGGAUUUCAGUACUUGAAGAGGGUUAUUGUGGUUGAUGGAGCACACCUUACUAGGAAAUACGGAGGCACAUUACUCGUGGCAUGUGGACAAGAUGCAAACUUUCAAGUAUUUCCUCUAGCAUAUGGUGUUGUUGAUGCCGAGACUAAUGAGUCUUGGGGAUGGUUUUUUGAUAAAUUACAGUCUUGUUUCUCACCACAUCCGAUGGUCAUUGUUUCAGACAGAGCAUUGUCUAUUGAAAAUGCUUGUGUGAAUGUGCUUCCAUGGGUCACUAGAGGAAUAUGCUACUAUCAUCUUCAGCAAAAUAUUAUCAAGACAUAUGGUGGUAAGGAGCUUAUGUAUCUGGUUAAAGGAGCUGCUUAUGCCCACACUCUAGCUAAAUAUAAUCGGUGCAUGGACUCACUAAAAGCUGCACACCCAGAACUCGCAGCAUACAUGGAGUUGGCCGACCCUAAGCUUUGGUCUAGAGUACAUUUUUCCGGUGAUAGGUACAACAUCAAGACGAGCAACAUUGCUGAAUCUAUCAACUCGGCUAUUAAAAAGGCAAAGGGUUUUCCCAUACCCUCUCUACUCCAGUUUAUUAGAGAGAUGUUAGGGCGGUGGUUCUACAAAAAGCGUGAAGAUGCUUUAAGUCUGCAGACACCAUACAACAAGGGAGUUGAGUAUAUACUGGCCAUCCGUGAACAUUACGCUCAGUCAAUGGAUGUUCAGCGAAUAGAUGCAACUAGUUUCCAUGUUGCCACUGGACGUUCGCACUUCGUAGUUGAUCUAGAACAGGGUAAAUGUGAGUGA